CUAACAAAAGCAAACACUGUUUCAACUCCAGGAAAUAACAAGAAGGGGAGGAGAAACUCUGAGCUGAUCCGGGUUUCCAAGAAAACACUGAAAGUGUUCUGUCAGUCAGAGCUCAGACUCGACAGCAGAGCAGAAGAACAAAACACGUCUGAGACAGGGUUGUUUUACCUGCAUGAACGUCUUUUAUUGUCCUCUGAUCAAUCUGGAGAUCAGAAGAUGAGUGAUAGAGGGGGCAAAGAGGAGAACAGAGCAGAGUCUCCUCUGUCCAGCUGUCUCUCUAUGAAGAGUGACUGGUCUAAAGGUUGUCCUCCAGACUUCAGUAAUGAACCAGGACCCUCAGAUCCACAAAUAACAAAGGGGUCUGUUUCUGUGGAGGAGCAGCUUUCCAGCUGUGCUUUGUGUCAGGGCCUCCUAAGAGAUCCAGUUUCUACCAGCUGUGGACACUGGUUCUGCAGACAGUGUCUCACCUCAUACUGGGACCAGUCUACUUCAUCAGGAGAGACCUCCUGUCCCCAGUGUGGAGAAAGAUCUGUCAUAAGACAAGGACUGCAGAUAUCCAGUCAGUCCAGCAGUGUAACCAUAGAUAGAGGUCUGCAGGAGGUUUUAGAUGAACAUAAGAUCAGUCUGAGGAGGAGAUGUGAACAUGUGACUGAAGGAAGUGAUGAAACAGGAAGUAGAACCUUCCUCAAUAGGAUCUACACUGAGCUCUACAUCACAGAGGGACAGAGUGAAGAGGUGAACACCCAACAUGAGGUGAGACAGCUUGAGACAUACUCUAAAAAGAAGACCCUCCAUGAGACUCCAAUCAAGUGUCAGGACAUGUUUAAAGCCUUACCCGACCAACAGAACCAAAAGACAGAAGCUCAACCCGACCAACAGAAACCCAUCAGAGUGGUUCUGACAAACGGCGUCGCUGGUGUUGGAAAAACCUUCUCAGUGCAGAAGUUCACUCUGGACUGGGCAGAGGGCUCAGAGAACCAAGACCUCAGUCUGGUGAUCCUGCUUUCAUUCAGGGAGCUGAACUUGAUCAGAGAUAAGGAGUACAGUCUUCUUGAGCUGCUCCGUGUUUUCCAUCCAACAUUACAGAAGGUCACAGCAGAGACGCUCGCUGUCUGUAAACUGUUGUUCAUCUUUGACGGCCUGGAUGAAAGCAGACCGUCGUUGGACUUCAAAAACAUGGAGGUUGUGUCUGAUGUCACAAAGAAGUCACCGUUAAACACACUGUUGACAAACCUCAUCAAGGGGAAUCUGCUCCCCUCAGCUCUCAUCUGGAUAACUUCUCGACCUGCAGCAGCCAAUCAGAUCCCUCCUUCAUGUGUUGACAGGGUAACAGAAGUACAAGGCUUCACUGACGCCCAGAAGGAGGAGUACUUCAGGAAGAGGUUCAGUGAUGAUGAAGAUCUGUCCAGCAGAAUCAUCUCACACAUCAAGACAUCCAGGAGCCUCCACAUCAUGUGUCUGAUCCCGGUCUUCUGCUGGAUCACUGCCACAGUUCUGGAGCACAUGAUGAGCACAGAGCAGAGAGGAGAGCUGCCCAAGACCCUGACUGACCUGUUCUCACACUUCCUGCUGGUUCAGACAAAGAGGAAGAAGCACAAGUAUGAUGAGGGACGUGAGACAAGUCUACAUGAGCUGAUGGAGGCUGACGGGGAAGUUCUACUGAAGCUGGGGAGACUGGCGUUUGAACAUCUGGAGGAUGGAAACAUCAUGUUCUAUAAAGAAGACCUGGAGCGUUGUGGUCUGGAUGUCACAGAGGCUUCGGUUUACUCAGGAGUUUGUACAGAGAUCUUCAAAAGAGAGAGUGUGAUCUUCCAGAAAACAGUCUACUGCUUUGUUCAUCUGAGCGUUCAGGAGUUUCUGGCUGCAGUCUACAUGUUCCACUGUUUGACAAACAGGAAGAGAGGUGUAGUGAAGGCUUUCCUAAAAGACAACAACAUCAUUUUUCAAACUCCUGAAAGUGAUGACUUAUCCCUGGAUGUCUUCCUGAGGAGUGCCAUGGAGAAAUCCCUGAAAAGUAAAAAUGGUCACCUGGACCUGUUUGUUCGCUUCCUUCAUGGCCUCUCUCUGGAGUCCAACCAGAGACUCUUGGGAGGCCUGCUGGGUCGGAGAGACAACGGUCCAGAAAUGAUCCAGAGAGUCAUCAACAACCUGAAGAAGAUGAACAGUGAUGAUAUCUCUCCUGACAGAAGCAUCAACAUCUUCCACUGUCUGAUGGAGAUGAACGACCUCUCAGUACAUCAGGAGAUCCAAAAGUUCCUGAAGUCAGAGAACAGAUCAGAGGAACUUUCUGUGAUCCACUGCUCUGCUCUGGCCUACAUGCUGCAGAUGUCAGAGGAGGUUCUGGAUGAGUUCAAUCUGAAUGAGUACAAGACAUCAGACCAGGGACGACUGAGACUGAUUCCAGCUGUGAGGAACUGCAGGAAGGCAAAGUUUAUUAACUGUGGACUGUCAGAGACUCACUAUGAAGCCGUGGCCUCAGCUCUGAAGUCCAACCCCUCCCAUCUGAGAGAGCUGGACCUGAGCUCCAACAAGCUGCAGGAUUCAGGAGUGAAGCUGCUGAGUGAGGGACUGCAGAGUCCAAACUGUAGACUGGAGUCUCUGAAUUUGUGGAGCUGCAGUUUGUCAGAGAUCAGCUGUUCUUCUCUGGCCUCAGCUCUGAAGUCCAACCCCUCCCAUCUGAGAUAUCUGGACCUGACCUAUAACGAGCUGGAGGAUUCAGGAGUGAAGCUGCUGUGUGAUUUUCUGCAGAGUCCAAACUGUAGACUGGAGACUCUGAGAUUGUUCAGAUGCAGGUUUUCAGAGAUCAGCUGUUCUUCUCUGGCCUCAGCUCUGAAGUCCAACCCCUCCCAUCUGAGAGAGCUGAACCUGGGUAACAACGAGCUGCAGGAUUCAGGAGUGAAGCUGCUGUGUGAUUUUCUGCAGAGUCCAAACUGUAGACUGGAGGAUCUGAGAUUGUGGGGCUGCAGGUUUUCAGAGAUCAGCUGUUCUUCUCUGGCCUCAGCUCUGAAGUCCAACCCCUCCCAUCUGAGACAUCUGCACCUGACUAAGAACGAGCUGCAGGAUUCAGGAGUGAAGCUGCUGUGUGAUUUUCUGCAGAGUCCAAACUGUAGACUCGAGACUCUGAGUUUGAGUGGCUGCAAUUUGUCAGAGAUCAGCUUUUCUUCUCUGGCCUCAGCUCUGAAGUCCAACCCCUCCCAUCUGAGAGAGCUGGACCUGGGCUUCAACAAGCUGCAGGAUUCAGGAGUGGAGCUGCUGUGUGAGGGACUGCAGAGUCCAAACUGUAGACUGGAGACUCUGAGUUUGUGUGACUGCAGUUUGUCAGAGAUCAGCUGUUCUUCUCUGGCCUCAGCUCUGAAGUCCAACCCCUCCCAUCUGAGAGAGCUGGACCUGGACUACAACAAGCUGGAGGAUUCAGGAUUGGAGCUGCUGUGUGAGGGACUGCAGAGUCCAAACUGUAGACUGGAGAUUCUGAAAUUGUGUGACUGCAGUUUGUCAGAGAUCAGCUGUUCUUCUCUGGCCUCAGCUCUGAAGUCCAACCCCUCCCAUCUGAAACAUCUGGACCUGAGUCACAACGAGCUGCAGGAUUCAGGAGUGAAGCUGCUGAGUGAUUUUCUGCAGAGUCCAAACUGCAGACUGGAGAUUCUGAGAUUGAGGAGCUGCAGUUUGUCAGAGAUCAGCUGUUCUUCUCUGGCCUCAGCUCUGAAGUCCAACCCCUCCCAUCUAAUUGAGCUGAACCUGAGCUCCAACAAGCUGCAGGAUUCAGGAAAGAAGCUGCUGCACGAUCUUCAGGAGAAUCCAGACUACAAACUGGAGAAGCUGAGCUGCUGGUGAAGAGAGGAUCCUGCCGAUCACAGAGCUGGAAGCAGCAGCUGGUGUGUUGGUGAGUCUUUAACUGGGCUGUGUUACUGGGAGUCUGACGGACCAAUCACAGCGCAGAUGACUCUCAGUGCUGCAGUCUGAGCUGCUCUGAGAUCAGCUCCACCGUCACACACAGGACCAUGAUCUCGGACAUUCUUCUAUUCUCAUAUUCUGAAUUUAAACUGCUUCAUG